CUGGCUGUAGCAAGCACUAGUUCUGGCAUUUAUGAAAGUAGUUCUGCACUUAAGGAAACAGAAGUGAAAUGUACUGGCUGUAAUAUUGAAGACCAAACUAGUAAAAAACAAUGUCGAAAAAUUCUUGAAAAUUUAUGCAAUCUUAACAAAUUACCUACGCAAAAGAACUCAGAACAAACUCCAGUAGCACAACUAACGGAAAUAUUUAAUUGUGAUAUUUGCGAAUUUAAAACAUCUCGUAAACGUAACAUUUUGGCACAUUAUAAAGCGCACGUUGCUAGUCAAAUGUUCUGUUGUAAUAAUUGUGAUUAUAAAUGUACAAAUAAAAAAAGUUUGAUAUACCAUAUGAAAAUACAUACCGGAGAAAAACCUUUUGCGUGUAAUAUCUGUGAAUAUAAAUGUAUUAGAAAAUGUACUUUGCAAACACAUAUUAAAUUACAUUCCGGAGAAAAACCGUUUUCGUGUAAUAUCUGUGAAUAUAAAUGUAUUAAAAGAAGUAAUUUUCAAAAACAUAUGAAAAUACAUACUGGAGAAAAACCUUUUUCGUGUAAUAUCUGUGAAUAUAAAUGUAUUCAAAAAAGUAAUUUGCAAAAACAUAUGAAAAUACAUACCGGAGAAAAACCUUUUUCGUGUAAUAUCUGUGAAUAUAAAUGUAUUAGCAAAUAUUCUUUGCAAACACAUAGGAAAUUACAUAUUGGAGAAAAACCUUUUUCGUGUAAUUUCUGUGAAUAUAAAUUUAUUCACAAAUGUAGUUUCCAAAGACAUAUGAAAAUACAUGCCGGAGAUAGACCUUUUUUGUGUAAUAUUUGUGAAUACAAAUGUAUUAGAAAAAGUAAUUUGCAAACACAUAUGAAAUUACAUACCGGCGAAAAACCUUUUUCGUGUAAUAUCUGUGAAUAUAAAAGUAUUAGAAAAGGUGAUUUGCAAUCACAUAUAAAAAUACACACUGGAGAAAGACCUUUUUUGUGUAAUAUCUGUAAAUUUAGAUUUAUAACAAAAUAUCAAUUGCAAACUCAUUUUAAAAUACACACUGGUGAAAAACCUUUUUCGUGUCGUUUCUGUGAAUUUAAAUGUAUAAGAAAAGGAAGUUUGAAAAGGCAUAUGAAGAUACACACUAGAGAAAAACCUUUUUCGUGA